CUGCGUCAUUGUCAUGUUGCGUCACGCUAGAGACGUAAAAGUCACGUGACUCUCUCAAGCUCGUCACCAACGGCGAUCAGUGGUCGUGGAGGAACAACGCAGGCCGACCUCUCAUCUUGCUGACGGCUUCUGUCCGGGUCUUCUGGAGAUUUCACAAAGGCACUCAGCCCUUCUUGUUGGGGAGUCCACAUUGGACAUUCACCAGAACCUUCUGUGAACAAGCUAAAGAUUGCCCAUGGUCUUCCCGCCGCCAGUUCCGUAUUACCCUCCCCCUUACCCUCCCCCUUACCCUUACCCAAAUCCGUUGCCACAAGGACCUCAACCACAGGCACCAUCUCAGCAGCCAAAGCUCGCCCCACGAGCAUCACAGCAACUGCGGCGAUCCAAAAACACCAGCCGCACAGGCAACAGCAGCAAGAGGAGAAGAUAAGAGAUUAGUGCUUCUCCUGCUAGGCAAAACUCUUUGAAAAACAAAACAAAACAAAACAAAACAAAACAAAACAAAACAAAACAAAACAAAACGCCUUAACUCGUAGGCAACAUCCCCAAGUCCAAGCGAUCCAGCCAUGGAGGGUGAUGGCCAGAACAAGGAUCUGGUGUCAGAAGAGCUUGCCAACCAGGAGAACUUGGAAACAGAAAAACAAACAGAAGAACAAACAGAAGAACAAACAAAAGAACAAACAGAAGAAGAAACAGAAGAACAAAAAGAACAAAGUUCCCCGUCGCCUUCAGUCUCCGAAGACCUACCCAUCUUUGAACCCCCUUUUCCGUUUCCCCCCAAGGUCGUCACUACCCCCUUCGUUCCCCCGGAAUGGGACCCGAGCAUGCCGCCUCCCAAGGAAAAAUGUGGUACUUUGACGGCAGUCAUCCGGUACUGGGCCACCCAGGACCCUAACCGGCCAGCGAUAGUCUUCCGAUCGCCCUCAUUGAAAGGUCGCACCAUGCUGUCUUUCUCGGACCUGUACCAGUACUCACGGCGCUACGCCAAGGUCCUCAAGGAUCACGGGAUUCGGCGCGGGGAAGCGGUGGUGGUGAUGGUGCCCAACUCACCUGAACGCGCCAUCGUCGACUGCGGUAUCAUGUUCUUGUGCGGCAUCGUCGUCAACGGUGUUUGUGAGAUGCCGGGUGACGAGGUCAGUGACCUGGUGUCUGUGAUGCAGCGGUCGAGAGCGGUGGCGCUGUUGAUGGACAUCGAUUACUACAAGGGCAGGUGGACCAAGCUGAAGACCUACAUCCAGCUGCUCGACUACAAUGGCCAGGCCACGUCCUGCCAGAUGCCGCACUUACGCCUUUUUCUUCGCAUCCGGAGGCGUCGACCUAUCGCGCCACAACAAACAAAUCAGCAAGGAAGCGAGCAAUGAAUGCAUCGAGGUGAUGAAGACUUUGGUGGGUCGGCAGGGCCGGUGAUCUGAUCUUCGACAUGAACCACUGGUAUUUCGACACGUUCGAAGGCACUCCAGAGCCGCAGCCGCAAGACCCCUGCGCCAUCAUCACCACGACUGGCGCCGCGGGUCAUCAUCGUCUGGUGCUGCACUCGCACCGCAACAUCGUCGCCUUCUCGCGGGUCAUGGUGCCCCGCACCACCUCCACCACACAAGGCUUCUUCCUCAACUCACCUUUCGGCUCGGCCAUCGGGCACAUUGGGCUGUCCUUGUACACCGGAAUGAAGCGAGUUGUGAUGGACGCCCGGGCAGGCACGCCAAUGGACAUGGCCGAGUUUGUGUGUCUGGCUCUGUGGGAGGAGCAAUGCACCAGCGCCGUUAUCCCCCCGUACCUCAUCCUCCAAGUGGCCAAAAAGUUCGUCCAAACGGAAACUGCGCAGAAAAUCAUGUUCAUCGGGGUCACGGGUGAAAAGGUCAACCUCCCGACGAUCGAAGCGGCGCUGAACAUCGGUCACGUGGCAGUGGUGUCCCUGGUCACCGCUGAACUCUUCCUCACCACCCUGUGGAUGGUAACCAAGGCCAAGGAAUUCCGGGACUGCUGCGUGGGCGCUCCCAUCCCCAGCGUGCAGGUUCGCAUCGUCAACGACAUCGGGGUGCCCGUGCCCAACGGGAUCAAGGGAAACGUGGAGAUACGCACCCCGUUGAUUUUCAGGGGGUAUGCUCACGACUUGGAGGCCACGGAUGCUUGCUUCACUAAAGAUGGUUACUUCAAAACAAACGACCUCGGGUGGCUGAUGGGAGACAUGCUGUUCGUGGAGGGACGUCGCCAUGACAUCAUCACUCGUGGCAGUCUCAGCUUUUACCCGGCCUGGCUGGAGGCCGCCAUCGAGAAGUGUCCUGGUGUGGUGCAGGCAAUAGUCGUUGGCAUCCCCCACGAGAAAUUGCACCAGGAGAUCUGCGCAUGCGUCUUGACCUCGAAUAAAGAUCUCACGAUGACCACUAUUCGAGAAUUCGUGGAGAACAACUUUUUCAAAUCCCCCCGACCUCGAUUCUAUCUUCACUUCGACAAAUUUCCUGAGAACCAGUCGGACAAAGCAAACAGAGAUGAGUUGGCGCUCAUUGCGAUGCGCCGACUUCAGUAGAUGGAGGGAGAGCCGAUAUGAAUGUUGUGGGGCUUCACACAGAUCCAUCAUUACACCCCAUCAUUAAACACAAAACAAACAAAACCAACGCCGCAGGUCCAUCAUUUCACCCCAUCAUCAAAAACAGCUGUAUUUAUCAGUAUUAGACAUUGCUGAAAGAUUUAUGUGCAAAAUAUAUCAAAGCCGCAGACAUCCGAAUUGGAUGCAACUAUAUAUCAGUACCGCAGGCCUUUCAAAUAAAUUGAGAUGCAGCUAUAAUUAGUUAGUACAUGCAAAUGAGUGCAACCAUGUAUAUAAAAGUUCCAUCGUAGCUUUAUGUCGGUAGAGAUGAGUACACCUGUAUAUUACGGACUUGGCUACAGUAAUUCCAGGACCACUGAAACAACUUUGAACGAAAUUUGUCUGCGGAAGUCACGUGUCAACAUCAGAGUUACAUUUGAGCACUCUUAAUGAAAAACUGAAUUUAGCUGAGUGUCAGCCACUAAUGAACACGGCCAAUAAAUGAAGGAGGCUGACUCAUUU